UGCGUGUAGUCCAUUUUAUUCUCGCGAGAACACGAGACUCCGGGUUCCAACCUUUACGGGACGGCAUCGGAAUCUAAGCUACAGUGAAGAAAUGUUUAAGGCCGUUAAACAAGCAAAUUUCAGGCACUUGUCAGGCCUCAUCCGGAGGUUCCAGAGCACCCUAGUGGUGGCUGAGCACAACAAUGACAAGCUGACUCCCAUCACGCUAAACGCCAUCACUGCUGCCAAGAAGCUGGGUGGGGAGGUGACCUGUCUGGUGGCUGGAACUAACUGUGCCAAGGUUGCUGAAGAGCUCACUAAAGUCCAGGGUGUGAAGAAGGUGCUGGUGGCCCAGCAUGAUGCGUACAAAGGCCUGCUGCCAGAGGAGUUGACCCCCCUGGUCCUGGCGAGCCAGCAGCAGUUCAAGUUCACACACAUAUGUGCUGGAGCCUCAGCCUUCGGGAAGAAUCUUCUCCCCAGGAUUGCCGCCAAGCUGGACGUCGCCCCAGUUUCGGACAUCAUCGAGGUCAAGUCACCAGACACGUUUGUCAGAACCAUUUACGCAGGGAAUGCCCUCAGCACAGUCAAGUGCAACGAGAGUGUGAAGGUCUUCACCGUCAGGGGGACGUCCUUUGAGGCUGCUCCGCUGGAGGGUGGGAGUGCUGCCAAGGAGGAAGCCGCCCCCCCACCCGCUCUCGGGGUCUCGCAGUGGUUGGAGCAGAACCUGAGCAAGAGCGACCGUCCAGAGCUGACCAGCGCCAAGGUGGUGGUUUCUGGAGGGCGGGGCCUGAAGAGUGGGGAGAACUUCAAGCUACUGUAUGACCUGGCGGACAAGAUGAACGCUGCCGUCGGAGCCUCCAGAGCAGCAGUGGACGCUGGCUUCGUCCCCAAUGACCUGCAGGUUGGACAGACCGGCAAGAUCGUAGCUCCAGAGCUCUACAUUGCUGUCGGAAUAUCUGGUGCCAUACAGCAUCUGGCUGGAAUGAAGGACAGCAAGACUAUCGUUGCUAUUAACAAGGACCCGGAGGCUCCCAUUUUCCAAGUGGCUGACUAUGGUUUAGUGGCUGAUCUGUUUAAGGCUGUUCCAGAAAUGACGGCGUUGCUGAGCAAAUGACCUGCUUCAAUAUUGCUGAGGCCGAUUCCUUGGCGUAAUGGCAACUUUGAACCCUUUUCCGGAGCUGAAGAUCCACCUUAAGGAGGCUGUCACCAUUUAGGUCAGACGUGGAUUUUGAUUAUAAACAUAGCUGUCAUACGGAAAGGCCUGCCAGGACUCUCUGGAUGAAGAGACAGCACUGACCCGUAGCUCCACGUUUUCGCAACCUAAUUGCCUUUAUAUAGAUAAUACUGUCGAAUUAAACCUCAAAUUAUGUUGUUUUCUUUGUGAGGUUUUGAUUUUGCUCGCUGAAGGAUGACAGUGGGGGUUGCUGACCAGUUGGCAUUGAAUGGUACCCAGAUAUCCGUCUCCUGAUAAUUUAGUUUCUAAAUGACUUUUGGCGUUUCAAAUGGAACAUCUGUAAUUUUUGUAACGUAAUAAAAUUCAGAAAUAAGUGUCUUGUAA